UCGCAGGGGCGGGGCCGCGGGAAGCUGCUCGGGAACUAACUAGUAAACUCCUGCGCAGUCCGGCCCCCAGAGGCCCGCGGGACGCGCCAUGACCGCAGGGAGAGCCAGGGGCUGGGCCGCGGGGGUCCUCGGCGUGGUCUGCCUGGUGCUCCAGUUGGACUCCAUCAGCUGUGAGCUCCAGGUGGUGUUCGGAACCGUGAACGAGAGCGUAACUUUCAAUGUACAAAGGUCCAUGCACUUUAAAGAGCUCUUGUGGACAAAAAGUAACGAUAAAGUCAUCGAAUGGGAAGAAGGCACUUCCCCUCAUGUUUUCCCACCUUUUGAAAACAGAGUUCAUUUAGACACCACGUCAGGAACCCUUACCAUCUUCAAUCUAACAUCAUCGGAUGAAGCUGAGUAUAGAAUCGAACCUUCGAGCAUUGACAUCUCGUUCUUUCUGCAUGUGAUUGAUCCUCUUCCAUCUCCAACACUGAAUUGCACAUCGACUGCUGAAGAGAUUACAGUCCGUUGCAGGAUCCCGGACUCUUACAACUACACAGAAUUAUUAAACUACUCAUGGAAUUGCUCUUCAGGACUGUGUGAAAAUAGCUCUGAUCCGUCUGAAGUGUUGAUUAAGAAGAAAAGUGAUCUCUCACAGGAAAUACAGUGUAUUGUUAGCAUUGCCUUGUCCAAACAGACGUCAUCGCUUGUUUUAGCAACCUGUGUCCCAGGUGGACAUUCAAGGCACAAUUUUGUGAUUAUACCAGCAGUAGUCGUCGUAGCAGGAGUAACUUUUUUGCUGUUUAGAAAAGCUUGUCUGAAAGGUGGCAGAAAAACAGAGAGAACCGACCCCAGUUGACUGGUACUACAAGAUGACAUCGAAUGUAUAGUGACUAAGUUAUUUAAUAAUGGAAUAAAAAGCCAUUUAAUUUACCAUUCAAGUAUUCCGUCAUCUUCGAGACCGGUUUGGAAUUCUAAUCUGAAGUCAUCCUCCAUCAGAAGGUUCUUUUUUGGAAGAAACAUCAGCAAACAACCCGCACCAGUAUCCAUCCCACCCUCCUCUGGGCUAUGACUCGAUACUGUAGAUGACUUCUGCCUUUCAGUUUUUUACUAUAGACUUCCUGUCACAAAGAAAGUUGUAAAUAUGUAAAUAUAUACGGAAGUGAUAGGUGGUUUGGCUUUUUUUUUUUCUUCUUAAAUCAGAAGAAUAUUCUGAGUCACAUACCUCAGGAGGUGAAGCCUUUUUACUAAAAUCUAUCCACCUCUUCUCUUUUGUUUUAAAGGGAAAAGAAUUCAUUGCGGGACUGGCAGUGGAGUGAGGGAGGAGGUAGACAAGAUCCGUUCCGCGUGCUGGGUCCGUGGCUCUUGACGGGAGGCGAGAACACACGGGUCUUCCGCUGCUUUUGCUAAGACCAGACCACCGCCACCCACACGCGGGGAGACUUGUCUCGGGAAGGUCUCUUCACUCGGUGUCCGUUGUUAGCCGUCACAUGGGCAGGGAAACGGCAGAGAACUCUUAAAAGCUGUUAAGUCCGAUACCAGCGUGGAGCAGUAGCCUCUGCUGAAUGAGGAAGUGGACAGCCCUGCUGUCCCUCGGGUCGCCCUCGUCUGUACCAGCAUCCCAGGCCCUUAGCUCCUGAGCCCACACCGCCCCUGGAGCUCCUGUCACGUGAGAGUCUGCAGCCUGAAAAAGGAAAUACUGCUUUUUCACAUCAAGGCAAAGUGUGCUGAAAGGAGCCUCAUGAGACAGCUCUCUCUGGACCCCUCACAGCUAUCAGCAAGAAUGAGGCGGGGGCCUGGAAGCCCUGAGUACUCCUGGGAAGACCCCUACUUCUCCCUGGUCCUCCUACCUUGGGGCAGAAAGAUUCCUACCAAAGUGUGUGUCUGGCUCAUCAUGUGAAACCCUGUGUUCCAGGCCCUGUGGGGAGCCUGGGACUCCCAGACCAUCCUCUGUCUUCCAGACCGUCGUCUCUAGAUGCUCUGUAAGGCCCUUUCUGAUGCCUCCAUCAACAGCAAAAUUCCUAGUAUUCUUUGCUAUGAACGUUCCUUCCACCUUUCUGUUCUCACCGGAACCUGACUCUCCCCGAGGAUGCUGCUUCCCGAGGUCCUCUCAAGGGCCGGCUGCUUCCUCUCCUGCGCCCCUUGGAUGCUGGGUAGGAGGGAGGGCCGGUGUCCUCCUGGCUCCUGUCUGCUUCCAGCCCACGCCUCUGUCCUCAGUUCCGAGGGCAAACCAGCAGAUCACCCCCACCAGACAUCCCCUUUUCUAGUUAUCUUUUGUUCCUCAGCUUGUGAAGAUGUUAGCGCUAGGUCCAGAUCACCCUUUCCUAAUGCUCCUCCCUUCAGAAUCUGAGUGUGCUUUCAGAACCCCCAGCUCCAGUGCCCCGGCAUGGUCUGCCCCAAGCAUCUUGCCCCCCUCCCUUCCCAGCAGCCACCGCCCUGGUCUUGCCUCCGACCUUCCAUCACCAAUGCCCACAGUCCCUCACAGUCCUGGUUACAAGUGUCCCUGCUCCACUGUCCUCCUGAGGGCCCCACUCCACACACCCUGCAGCCCCACCAGGUCCUGCAAGCCAGUGCCCCCACUGGCCCCCAAUGGCCCACAGCCUCUGUACUUCUUGUCCCCGGAGCCAUGCUGGGUCUCCAUGUUCAUCAGGGAGCCACUCUGCUGCCUUCAGUCUUUCACCCUCCCCUUCAUCCUCCUCAUUUGGCCAGAUCCCAACUGUGGGCAGAGUCACCUCUGCUGGACCCCUCCCCUCACCCAAGCUGCUGAGCACCCCUGUAGGCAAAGAACCCCCUGGGUUGAGUAGUGUUGUCUCAGUGACUGCAGACCCCCAGGGGGCUCCAAGUGGCUCUCAGAUGGCCUUGCAGCAUUGCCCUGGUCUGCUCACUGUCUCCUGAUCUCUUUCUAGACCUGCACCCCUGCGUCCUCAUGCUCGGCUGCUCGCCUCACUUCCUCUGUCAAUGAAACAAAAGCAUCCACCAGUGCCUCCUGCCAUAUGUCUACACAGCCAGCUGCAUUGGCAGCCACAUCCUUUGCCUCCCUUCCUGUGACUGUGCAUGAACCCGCCUUGCUCCUCCUGAUACCAGUCUCCCCCCUCGUCUUAGUCUUCUGGAGCCACCAUGACAAAAUACCAGUGACUUAAAAACCAGAAGUGUAUUUCUCACAGUUCUAGAGGCUGGAAAGUCCAAGGUCAAGGUGCUGGCUCUUUGGGGUCCUGGUGAGGGCUCUCUUCCUGGUUUGCAGGUGGCUGCCUUCUCACUGUGUCCUCACAUGGCUGGGGAAGAGCCCUGGUGUCGUCUCCUUUUCUGAGGGCACCAUCUGUAUCAGAACAGGUUUCUACCCUCAUGACCUCAUGUACCCUUUGUCACCUCCUUACGGUCCUGUCUCCAGAUAGAGUCACACGGGGGUUAGGGUCUCAACAUGUGAGUCUUAGGACAAAGUGUUCCAUCUGUAACCUGCUUCUGCGUGGGAUCCCACGGGCCCUCACCCACUUAAGGAGAUCACUCCUUGUCUACCUCUCUCCCACCUCAUGAGCAUUCACCUUUCUGCCGGGCCAUACAAACAGACUGUCCUAUCCCAUAGCUUCAAAAACCCAAAAUCCUCUUGAUUCACUUCCCAUCUAGCUCUUGUCUCAUUUUUCCACUAUCUUUAAUGGAAAAGUUUCUCCAAAGAAAUGAUCUGUACUUCCUUUUUUCUGACUUCUCUGCUCCUUUCUUGAACCCACUUCAAUCAGGCUGUCACCCCCAUGGCUCGUCAAUGUUACCAGGCACCGCCCUGCUGUAGGACCCCCCCCACCCCCGCCACCCCACUGUAGGACCUGGUGGGCAGCUCUCCGGCCUCAUCUUGCCAUGUCUGUAAGCAGCAUUUGACUCACUGGAGCACCUUCGACAUACUUAGUGCUUUGGAGGAGCCUGGUUCUCCGGGGUGUGCGAGAGGAAAGCUUGUGUUGUGAUAGGACGCGCAGACCAGUGAGCGCUUGUGGCCAGUGUCCCAAGUCCUAAAAUGGAAGUAUAUACAAAGAAGAAAUUAUAACCUUAUGAUGCGGCUGUUCCACUCCUUGGUUUAUACCCCAGAGAAAUAAAAACAUGCCCACACACAAACUUGUGUAUGAAUGUUCAUAGAUCAUUAUUCAUAAUAGCCCCAUAGUGAGAAUAAUCCAUACGUCCUUCUACCGGAUGAAAAGGUAAAUGUGGUCCAUGCAGACAAUGGGAUAGCAGUCAGUGUAGAAAGUAAUUGGUGGCUCAGUUGGGCAAGUAAGUGUCCGACUCUUGGUUGCAGCUCAGGUUUUGACCUAGGGGUCAUGAGUUCAAGCCCCACAUUGGACUCCCUGCUGGGUGUGGAGUCUACUUAAAAAAAAAAAAAAGUGAUGAGGGUCUGAUACAUGCUACGGCAUGGGUGUGCCCUGAAAACGUGCUCAGCGGAAGAAGCCAAUCCAAAGAGACCACAUACCGUAUAAUUCCAUCCAUACAAAAUGUCCAGAAUUGGCACAUAGAGCUAAAAAGUGGAUUCCUAGCGGCCCAGGGCUGGGAGGAGGGUGUGGGGUCAGGGCAAGGAGUGACUGCUAAUGAGGGCAUGGUUUCUUUUUGGCGUGAUGACAAUGUUCUAAUAUUGUAGUAAUUGUAUAACUGUCGGACUAAAACCAUUAAAUUGUACACUGCAAAUGA